UCACGAAGCUUGAUUACGACGACGCAGAAUAACCUGCAUAUAAAAGAGCGAGUCUAAAUUUGUGCGAGAGUAUUCAAGAUGGCAACUGAAGAUGAAAGAAAGACCAAGGAACGCAUUGAACAAAGUAAAAAGGCAAGUUUAUCGUCAGUGAGCUAUAGCAAAAGAUCAAAACCCGGUGAAGAAAAUGUGUAUAAACUAUCGAUACAGGUUUACCCGGUGAAACAGGAAGGGAAGGAAGUUCAAGAAGAACUGAAAAGAUUCUUCAAAAAGGUACAUCGUGCAGAAGCACGGGUGACAGAAGCACUUUGUGUAGACAGCGAAGACUAUAAGCUAAAGACCAUGAACGGGUUAGAAUGUUUGAGCAUCGCUGUAAAAGUUCGAGCUUUUGAGCCUCUUCGGCAGCUUUGGAACUCAUUUGUCCAGAAAAACAUGACGAAGAAGCUUCGUGGACUAUUUCCAUCAGAAGUCGACAAGGUUUUUAUCUCGGAGGAUGAUUAUCGAGAUGGUUGUAGAUUCUUCGAAGCUACAAGAGAUGGAAGGGACACUACACGGCGUCAUACCACAGCGAGUACACCUAAUGAAUCGGUGGUUGAUGAGGAACAACCCCAUUUACCCGGUACAUCAGGUACACAGGAAACACCCGAGACGAGCCAGAGUGGACCAAUGAACGUUGUAAAUAAGUAUUACCUACAAAAUUGUCAGAUCUUACUCGGACCUUCAUCUGGAAACACCACAAAUUUUGGUUCACAAAUCGAUCUCAUCCCCAAAAAGGGUAAAUUGGAGACCUUGUUUAAACAAAUGAAAGACGUGCUUGCAACCGAAGACACCGACUGUGAACCUUUAAGUUCUCUUUUAACUCUGUUGAAAGAGGCAGAAGCAGUCUUGAUUAGCUUCGAGAUCGGAUCUGUGAAGCUUAAUGUACGAGUCUACAGUAAGAAAGGUUUGGAGAAACUCUGGCACCUGUAUUGUAGUGGGGAAGUUAAGAGACGUCUGGAGGUUGAUUUACCCAUACAAGGAGUCUACAUCGAUGAGAAAGAAUACAAGGCGGGCUGUGCAUUCUUUGCACACAGAAGAGGCCUUAAAAGAAAGCUUGCUUUCGAAGUUGAAGAGUUACAAGAAGCAGCUUCUGAACAUUGCCAAACACGAGAAGCAAUAGUAAAGCUGCUCAACGACUUGGCUGAAGAACUUCAAAAUCAGGAUACCAGGAUUAAGCGAGCUAAGAUUGCUGCCGGAGUUGCUGCCGGAGCCACUGCUACUGCAGGCAUCUUGGCUUCGGUUCUUACUUUUGGAGCAUCUUUGUACGUAGCAGCUGCCGCAGUUGGUGCUUUAAGUGGCACAGUCGCACUUACAUACUUUGUAGGUUUCAUCAUCGCUGCAUCAACUACCUGGCUCAUACGACAUAGAGCACCCGAAAAAACAAAGCGUGACGUCAAAAAAACCAAAAGACUUCGAAUGGCAUUGGACGCCGUCAACUCAACAACAAUGCAGUUAGGGGGUUCUGGUUUCAUAAGGCAAGGUUCUGCUUUAAACUUGGUCGACGCAAUAUCCCAUAUCCCACGUGACAUUAAGCCUGAUCUUAAUACUAUAUUUAACAUAAUUUCACUCCCGCUUGAUUUUGACGAUGUGAUUUCACCUGCCAUUACUGUUAACAAAACCGACAUAAAUGACGUUGUUCAAGCAAUUUACAAUGCGUCUAGUGUGAUUCAGAGUAUGAAAGAAAAAGACAUUAAUUCGUAUAUAACUCAGGUGAAAAGGGAAUUUGGAAUUCAUGCUCGGCAUAAAGUAUCCUUAUUAGACUAGUUUGUAGAAGUGUCGUGGCCGAGCGGUUAAGAGCACCGAAUUCAAACUCUGGUGUUUUUGAUCAGCAGAGUGUGGGUUCGAAUCCCAAGCCGUGACACUUGUGUCCUUAAGCAAGACACUUAACCAUUGCGUCGUCCUACAGAUGGGACGUAAACCGCCCCGGUGGGUGAACCCUUAUAAGGUGCUACAUAAUUGGGUCUCAGAAUUCAUCACUUCAAUAACCUAUCUUUCUGAUAGGUGUGUAUAAAGUCAGCGCCUUUAGUGCCUUGUUUGGUAGAUACCUGCGUAUUAUAAGAAUUCGAUUAUUUUAUUAUAUAAAUUUUUGUUUUUUACCCAUACACACCGA